UCUCUUUUUUCGCGCUUUCACCGGAUCCUAUACAUUGUGCCUUCAAGUUUUCGUUUCUUCUUUUUUGGCCUCUGUUGCAAAUCAUCACUGAUUCUUUGCUUCUGCAGUCGGCUCUUUCUCUCUCUCUCUACUCUCUCUCAUGGAGACUCUGCAGAUCAUCCCGUCAAGAACUGUUGGCCCCGGAUUGAGAGAAAACAGCGUUUCCAGUUCUUUUAGUAGUGUUAGGCAAGUGGGAUUUGCUUCGUUGUUGUUUAGGAACAGAAAGGUUCAAUCUUUUUGUAUUAGAGCAAGAUCAUUCACUGAGGAUAGAAAUGAGGAGGAUCUUAUCAGUAGAAGUAGUAAUAGUGCUCAAAAUGAGGAACGAGACGAGCUUCUUUUAUUGGGAACCGAGAGAGAUAGUUCUGGCUCCGUUGUUGGGUUUCAGUUGAUUCCGCACUCUGCAAUCAGCCAUGAGAAAAUCCUGGAAACUCGAGAAAUUGUAACUAAUUCAGUGGAUGAGCUGGCUGAAAACGUUGAAACAAGUGAUCAAGCUUCAACCAGGACAACCUACAAUGUCAUUUUUGUAACUGCUGAAGCAGCUCCAUAUUCAAAGACCGGAGGCUUGGGAGAUGUUUGUGGCUCUUUACCUAUAGCAAUGGCGGCACGGGGGCAUCGUGUAAUGGUUGUCUGUCCAAGAUAUUUGAAUGGAAGUCCAUCAGAUAAAGCAUAUGCCAAUGCUGUUGAACUGGAACAACGGAGCCAGAUCUAUUGUUUUGGUGGUGUGCAGGAGGUCGGAUUCUUUCAUGAAUUCAGGGCUGGAGUUGAUUGGGUCUUUAUUGACCACCUUUCAUACCAGCGACUGGGAACUCCAUAUGGCGAUACUUUUGGUGCUUUUGGUGAUAAUCAGUUCCGGUUCACUUUGCUUUGCCAUGCUGCUUGUGAAGCUCCUUUAGUGCUGCCACUAGGAGGAUUUAAUUAUGGAGAAAAGUGCCUCUUUUUGGCAAAUGAUUGGCAUGCUGGCCUAGUUCCUGUACUCUUAGCAGCCAAGUAUCGUCCAUGUGGUGUAUACAAGGAUGCUCGGAGUAUCAUUGUAAUACAUAACAUAGCCCAUCAAGGAGUAGAGCCCGCAGCUACAUAUAGGAAUCUGGGAGUGCCUGGUGGGUGGUAUAAGGCGCUGGAAUGGGUGUUUCCCCCCUGGGCAAGGACACAUGCUCUAGACCCUGGUGAAGCCGUCAAUGUUUUGAAAGCUGCAAUUGUCACAUCGGACAGGAUAGUGACGGUUAGCCAGGGUUACUCCUGGGAAAUAACAACGCCUGAGGGUGGAUAUGGGUUACAUGAGCUCUUGAGCAGUCGUAGUACAGUUUUAACUGGAAUCACAAACGGAAUUGAUUGCAAUGAGUGGAAUCCAUCUAGAGAUGAGCAUAUUGCUUCUCAGUACUCUGUUCAUGACCUCUCAGGAAAGCUUGAAUGCAAGAUUUCACUGCAAAAAGAACUCGGCCUUCCCGUUCGAUCUGAUUGUCCUCUGAUUGGGUUUAUUGGGAGACUCGACUACCAGAAAGGCAUUGACAUUCUUCUUUCAGCUGUCCCAGAUCUAAUGCAUGAAGAUAUCCAACUUGUAAUGCUUGGGUCAGGAGAGAAACAAUAUGAAGACUGGAUGAGACAUUUAGAGGGCAUUUACAAAGACAAGUUCCGGGGUUGGGUUGGGUUCAAUGUUCCGAUUUCUCAUAGGAUUACG